AUGGCUGUCAAUCCCCAUCAGUAUCCGCUGGCUGGAAGCUCGGGUCAUGAAGUGGUGUGCAAUACAGACUCUGUGGACGGUCGAGAGCACCCGACCGAAGCCGACAGAAAGGUACUGCGGAAAGUGCCUGACACGCUGCCAUGGUCUGCCUUCCUGGUCGCAGUCGUCGAGCUGUGUGAACGAUUCACUUACUACGGGCUAUCUGGGCCGUUUCAGAACUACAUCGAGAACUCCUAUCACGAUAUCAAUGGACUUCCAGGAGCCAUCGGACUUGGUCAGAGCGGUGCUACUGCACUGACCGACUUCUUCCAAUUUUGGUGUUAUGUCACUCCUGUGCUUGGUGCCAUUGUCGCCGAUCAGUACUUGGGAAAGUACUGGACUAUAUUCUAUUCCAGCAUCAUAUACAUCAUCGGCAUUCUGGUCCUGUUCCUGACUUCGCUACCGGCCGCCAUCGAGAAUGGUGCUGCUUUGGGAGGCUUGAUCGUCGCCAUGAUCGUCAUUGGCUUGGGAACUGGCGGAAUCAAGAGCAAUGUGAGUCCUCUUAUCGCCGAGCAGUACCAGAAUACGAGGCCCUUCGUCAAGAUCUUGAAGAGUGGUGAAAGAGUAAUCGUGGAUCCGGCCGUCACUAUUCAGCGCAUCUACAUGAUCUUUUACAUGUGCAUCAAUUUAGGAUCGCUCUCGGCCGUAGCAACGACCACGAUGGAAGCACAUGCUGGUUUCUGGCCUGCCUACCUACUCUGCUUGCUGGCAUUCUUUGUCGGCUUUGGAUGCCUGGUUGUUGGCAAGAAGAAAUACGUUCUUCGACCACCAAAGGGCUCUGUCAUCCCCCACGCCUUCAAAGUCUGUCUGAUCGGCCUGCGAAAGCGCAAUCUGGAUGCUGCCAAGCCCGAGUAUUAUCAGCAGAGCACUGGAAGACGUGAGAUGUUACCGUGGGACAGUCUCUUUGUCGAAGAAGUACGUCGAGCGGUAGUCGCGUGCAAAGUCUUCUUGUUCUUCCCGAUUUACUGGUUGGUCUACUCGCAAAUGUUGAACAACUUCAUCAGUCAAGCGGGACAGAUGCAGCUCCAUGGUAUCCCGAACGAUAUCAUGCAAAAUAUUGAUCCCAUCACGAUCAUCACCUUCAUCCCGAUUGUCGACACAUUUCUCUAUCCGGGACUGCGAAGAUUCGGCAUCGAGUUCAAGCCGAUCACCAGGAUCACCUGGGGCUUCUUGCUCGGCUCUGGUGCUAUGGCGUACGCCGCUGGAGUACAGAAAUUGAUCUACAGUUCCGGACCAUGUUACGAAGCGCCCGGAGCCUGCAAGGCUGGACUUCGGCCAGAUGGGAGCUAUGCUCCAAACAGCGUUCACGUUGCCGUACAAACUCCAGCUUAUCUCUUGAUUGGAUUGUCUGAGAUUUUUGCUUCGAUCACUGGUCUGGAAUAUGCAUAUACAAAAGCACCGCCCAACCUGAAGUCCUUCAUCAUGUCUCUAUUCCUUCUCACAAGUGCGUUCGGAUCAGCUUUGGGAGCCGCUCUGAGUCCGGUUGCUGUCGAUCCAAAAUUGCUCGGGAUGUAUAUUGGGCUAGCUGUGGCUUGCUUGGUCGCUGGAAUUGUCUUCUGGAUAUUGUUCCGCAAAUUGAACGAUGCAGAGGAUAGCAUGAAUGAGCUUGAGCAGUAUAAGGACAAGGAACUGCCAGCAAGUGAGAGGCAGAUGAUCGAUGGAGACCGCAGUACAGAGAGCAAGGCGUAGUCGGCAUAUUCCACUUGUUGAUGUGACGCGACCUUGGAGAUCUCGAACCAAUGUAUUCUCGCGCACAGAGAUGGCCGAGAGCGCUGGAGCUUGGCAGCCGAUGCGGAAGUGCAGACAUGCGAAGCUCCAAAUGUCACUAUCCGCUCUCCAAACAGCGCAUAUAACGCGGGUGUAACAGAGAUCAUGCAGGUAGCCAAGCGCUUUGCAGAGAGCAUCGCUCGGCGAAAUUGAGCAGCCAAGUCGUCGUCCGCGACCGCCAAUCAUUGAGGACGAGGGCAAAGACACCGCCGCCUACU